AUUAUCAAAAACAUCAUCUCACAAUUUACAUUGCCAUAUUAUCAAAAGCAUCGAUCAUAUCACAAUUUACAUUGUUUUUGUUGUAAGACAUCUGAGAUUUUGGGAACGAAGAUACCAAUUGAUCUCCUGUGAAGUCUCGCCAUGUCGAUUGUGGAGAUGAGAGUGCACGUGGACUGUCCCGGAUGUGAAAGAAAAAUAACAAAAGCCCUUUCAAAAUUAGAUGGUGUGGACAGCAUAGACAUAGAUAUGGACAUGCAAAAGGUGACAGUCACAGGGUGGGCAGAUCAGAAAAGGGUUCUCAAAACUGUAAGGAAGACCGGCCGGACGGCGGAGCUCUGGCCGUUUCCGUACAACCCGGAGUACCACGCCUACUACAGCCACUACUCCGGGAGUCCGGCCAACUAUGCAUACUCGAACGGCUACAGCACUCCAGCAAGUUAUUUCACAGCUGAGACGACCUCCACCUACAACUACCGUAAGCAUGGUUACAACGGCCAUGACCACGGCUACUACCAGCAGCCACCAGGGUCGGACAUCCUUGACAGUCACACUGCAGCCAUUUUCAGCGACGAAAACGCGACUGGUUGCUCUGUAAUGUGAUUAAAACGAAAGACAAAACAACGCUACCGAGUGCAGUUUAUGUACCUAUGCUUAUAUUUUGGACUCGUAAGAGUUGCUUUUAACAUCUC